AAUGUGGAAAAGCAGAAAAAUUAUUUAUAAAAUUCUGAUUGAGAAUAAUCUAUUAUUACCAAACAAAUAAGCUUGCUUAAAUUAAUUAACUAAAUUAGGAAUUAACUAUAUUGCACAUCAUCAUGACCCUGUUCCAACAAUGGAUGAUGUUAUCAAAAUUCAAGUUACUAAUGGUACAGCUUAUGUUAAGAAUCUAUUAUAUGUUGAUAAGAAAGUAAAAAGUACCACUAAUUUACAAAUAGUCAAAUUAUUAUUUAAUCUUGGCAAAUCACACAACUCAAGUUGGAAAAUUAUUUUGGAAAACUCUUGGAUUAUCAUCAGGAAAUAUGAGAUUAAGUAAAGAAGAACAAAUUUUAGAAGCUCUAAAGUCUAGUAAAGGAAAUAUUAACCCUUUUGCUAUUGUUAAUGAUUCAAAUAAUAGAGUAUUUUAAAUUUUAAUUAAUUAUAGGUCAAAAAUAUUAUCAUUGAUGAAGAAUUGACUAAAUUUUAAAGAGUAGCAUUACAUCCAAUCGAAAAUACAACAACUGUUGAAAUCUCUCUAGAUGAUUUAUAGAAUAAAUUCUUGAAACCUCUAAAUAGACAAUACACAAUAAUUAAAUUAACAGAUGCAGAAGCUGAAUAACAAUUAUAAUAACUAAAAUAAUAAUCAAAUGAUUAAUAACAUCUAUAAACCUUAGCUAUUACAGUAAAGAAAUCUGAUUUUUCAGAAUGGUAUCAAUAAGUCAUAAGAAAAGCAGAAUUGAUUGAAUAUUAUGAUGUUAGUGGCUGUUAUAUUUUGAGACCAUGGGGAUAUUUCAUAUGGGAAUAAAUAUAAAGAUAUUUUGAUGAUCUAAUUAGAACAGAAGACGUUGAAAAUACUUAUUUCCCAAUGUUUAUUUCAGCAAAACACUUAAAUAAAGAAAAAGAACAUGUAGAGGGAUUCAAGGCAGAAGUAGCUUGGGUAACUAAGUAUGGUGAGAGUGAUUUGAAUGAACCCUUGGCUAUUAGACCAACAUCUGAAACUAUUAUGUAUCCAGCAUUUGCAAAAUGGGUGUAGAGUCAUAGAGAUUUACCAUUAAAAGUUAAUUAAUGGACUAAUAUAGUGAGAUGGGAAUUUAAAUUUCCAACACCUUUUAUAAGAACUAGAGAAUUCUUAUGGUAAGAAGGACAUACAGCCCAUUCUACUAAAGAGGAAGCAAUUAAAUAAGUUUAUACUAUUUUAGACUUCUAUGAAUAAGUUUAUGGUGAAUUAUUAGCAGUCCCAGUAAUUAAAGGAGUAUUAGAUUUAAUAAUAUUAAUAGAUUAAAACAGAAUCAGAGAAGUUUGCAGGAGGGGAUUUUACUACUACAGUAGAAACUAUAAUUCCAUAGAAUGGAAGAGGAUUAUAAGGAGCUACAUCGCAUCAUUUAGGAUAAAAUUUUAGCAAGAUGUUUGAGAUUAAUUUUGAAGAUGAUAAGAAAUAAAAAGCAUUUGCUUGGUAAACAAGUUGGGGUUUAACAACAAGAUCUAUUGGUGCUAUGAUUAUGUUUCAUGGUGAUGAUAAGGGAUUGGUAUUACCACCAAGGAUUGCUAAAUAUUAAAUUGUUAUCAUUCCAAUCAUUCAUAAAGAUCUUGAUGAGAAAUAAUUAAAUGAAAGAUGUGAAUAAAUAAAAUAGAUGUAUUUAUAAUUUAAUAAAUUAUUAGAUUAAUUAAAUAGAAAUUAAGAGUUCAUUUAGAUAAUAGAGAUAAUUAUUCUCCAGGAUGGAAAUUUAAUAAAUGGGAAUAAAAGGGAGUUCCAAUUAGAUUAGAGAUUGGACCAGGAGAAUUUAAAAAUAAUGAAGUUAGAGUUGUUUAAAGAUUUGACAAUAAGAAAUAUUAAAUAAAAAUAGAAGAAAUAAAUAAAUUAAAUUAGAUUCUAGAUAAUAUUCAUAAUGCUAUGUUUGAGAAAGCAAAAAUAGAACUAAAUUAAAGAAUCAAACAAGCUGAUAAUUGGAAAGAAUUUAUGACUUAAUUAAAUCAAAGAAAUACUAUAUUAACUAAAUGGUAUUAAAUAUAUAUAUAUAUAUAGGUGUGAGAGAUAAGAAUGUGAAUAGUAAGUUAAAGGUAAAUCAGGAAUGGAAUCGAAAGAGAAGGAUUCAGAAAUUAAUGGAUAAGUUCAACUUACUGGUAGUGCCAAAACUUUAUGUAUACCAUUGAAAUAGGAUGAAAUUAAGGAAGGGGAGUAAUGUUUCCAUUGUGGACAAUAAGCAAAAAGAUAUGUUUUAUGGGGAAGAUCUUAUUGA